AUGCCGGGUGAGACCGCAACCAAAAUUGGCCAUGCCCUAGCCAAGGGCCUUGGGAUCAAACUGCAAUAUCGAGACCCCUUGGGACCCAAUGCCGAUCCGGUCACGCGGGGGGAGUCGACUUUCUCCUCCGGCACCGCAGAGACCUAUGUUGAAUCGGAACCAACCACUGCAGAAUUCCUCGCAGAGCAUAUUCCGACACCUCGCGAAGUCGGUCUCUAUUUCUACAAUUUGUUUCCUUUCCUCAAAUGGAUCACAAGGUAUAACUGGCAGUGGUUUUUAGGAGAUUUGAUUGCCGGUGUCACGGUUGGUGCCGUGGUGGUUCCGCAAGGCAUGGCCUAUGCUAAACUGGCUGAUCUGCCCGUCCAAUAUGGUCUCUACUCUUCCUUCAUGGGUGUUUUGAUUUACUGGUUCUUCGCUACGUCAAAGGAUAUCACCAUCGGGGUAAGGGAAAAGAUCAAGCCCGUCGCUGUCAUGUCGACCUUGACUGGUUCGAUCAUCCUCGAAGUGCAGGCCAAACAUCCGGAAAUUGAGGCUCCCGUGAUUGCAUCAGCCUUGGCCAUCAUUUCUGGGGCCAUCAUCACGUUUGUUGGAUUGAUUCGAUGGGGCUGGAUUGUCGACUUCAUCCCCCUCACCGCUAUCUCGGCAUACAUGACGGGCUCCGCAAUCAACAUUGCGGCCGGUCAGGUCCCGACGAUGCUGGGGGAGACGGCCAAAUUCGACACGAGGGCGGCAACAUACAUGGUGAUCAUCAACACCCUGAAAUACCUGCCCACGACACAGAUCGACGCUGCCAUGGGCCUGACCGCGCUCUUGAUGCUUUACCUGAUCCGUGGCGCAUGCAACUACGGUGCGAAGAGGUACCCGCACAAGUCCAAGAUCUUCUUUUUCAUCUCGACCUUGCGCACCGUGUUUGUCAUUCUGUUCUACACCAUGAUCAGCGCAGCGGUGAAUCUGCAUCGGAAGGACAAACCCGUGUUCAAAUUGCUGGGUCACGUUCCGAGAGGCUUCACCGCCGCCGGUGUUCCCAAGAUCGACACUAACAUCAUCUCCGCCUUCUCUAAGAAUCUCCCGGCUGCGGUGAUAGUGAUGCUCAUCGAGCACAUCGCCAUUUCCAAGUCCUUUGGUCGCGUCAACAACUACACCAUCGACCCUUCCCAGGAGAUGGUUGCGAUUGGGAUCACCAACCUGCUUGGACCGUUUCUCGGCGCCUAUCCCGCCACAGGGUCCUUCUCGAGGACGGCCAUCAAAUCCAAGGCUGGUGUCCGAACCCCUCUUGCGGGUCUGAUCACGGCCAUCGUCGUGUUGCUCGCCAUCUACGCUCUCCCAGCUGUCUUCUACUACAUCCCCAAUGCCUCGCUGGCGGGAGUGAUCAUCCAUGCUGUCGGCGACUUGAUCACGCCGCCUAACACGGUCUACCAGUUUUGGCGAGUGUCACCGUUGGAAGUGCUCAUCUUCUUCGCGGGUGUCCUAGUCACCAUCUUCUCCACGAUCGAGAACGGGAUCUAUACGACGAUCUGUGUCUCGAUGUUCCUCCUGCUCUGGCGACUGGCAAAAGCGCGUGGUCAUUUUCUGGGCAAAGUCAAGGUGCACUCCGUUGUCGGGGACCACCUCCUCGACAGUGAUGGCAAGUACGGGUCUAUGGGGACUACCCAGAAUGUGCAGCAAGUAUCCGACUCGGACAGCGACUCGGAUGCGGCUUACCGCAAUGUCUUCCUCCCCGUCAACCACCAUGACGGCUCGAACCCUGACAUCUCCGUCGAACACCCGUAUCCGGGUAUCUUCAUCUAUCGGUUUUCCGAGGGAUUCAUUUACCCCAAUGCCAACCAUUACACCGAUUAUCUGGUGGAGACCAUCUUCAGGGAAACGCGACGAACCAAUCUCGAGUCCUAUCCGCGCCCGGGAGAUCGACCAUGGAACAACCCGGGCCCGCGUCGUGGGCAGAAGGAAGAAGACCGGUCCCAUCUGCCGAUCCUGCGGGCGGUCAUUCUGGAUUUCUCUUCGGUGAACAAUGUCGAUGUCACGUCUAUCCAGAAUCUCAUUGACGUCCGGAACCAACUGGACAUGUAUGCCGCUCCGGAGCCGGUGCAAUGGCACUUUGCGCACAUCAACAACCGCUGGACGAAACGGGCUCUUGCGUCGGCUGGAUUUGGCUAUCCCACCCCGAUCCCGGAUUCUGGAUUCCGGCGCUGGAAGCCCAUCUUCAGUGUGGCCGAGAUUGGGGGGCGUUCCUCCGCUGCCGCACAGGCGGAACAGGAGCACCAGGUCCAGUCGUCCAAGCUGAAGGGCGACCUGGAGCAAGGCAAGGGAGGCCAGACGACCGAGAGGGAGCGCGACGGCAUCGAGCUGGCGUCCGAGAGCAGCAGCAGCGCUGAAUCGGAUCUGCAGCAGCAGCUGACGACGAGCAAGGCCUACAACCAGGGUCGCCGGAUUGCUCUCGUGCAGGGCAUCAACCGGCCGCUCUUCCACGUGGAUCUGACAAGCGCGUUGCAGAGUGCGAUUGCGGAUGCGCAGGCGAUUGAUGCGUACCGUAGGAAGCAAGCUGUGGAGGGAGCAGAACAGUGA